AUGACCGAGCUCAGGUUGAUUUUGGACAAGUCGAGAAAGUCGAUAGAGGAAAUAUCGCUUGGUCUGAUUAGCAGUGGCGAGGUCGAUAUCUGUACGCAGCUGAUCUUGUAUGGGAAAUACAAGGUCGGGGACAAAAUCAUCGAGCCAGAAUCCGAGUUUUCUGGAUACAAACUGGACUCCCUUCGAUCGCUAAAGUUCAAUACGGUGAGCUCGGUCUUUGACCGGCUAAUGGACUACCAUUUCGUGUUCAAACAGUCGAUCUUUGGUCAACUAGAGGAGCUGAGGAUCAGGAUUGAAAAUGCUCCUACGGUGCUUAAAUACUUUGGGUUUAGCGAGUUCCCCCGCCUGCGUGUCCUGGAAUGCUACACCGGACAAGAUAUAGUCGGAUCGUCAACAAACGAAGUCGCAUUCCUCGACAGCCUAGACGAAGCAGGCGGAGAUCGGGACCGGUACAAUCAGCAGCCGCAGCUAAAAGUUUUAAGACUAGGCUUGCCGUUCAAAAUCAGCAAGGUGAAUGAGUUCCCAUACUACCGGUCUCGAGCCAGUGUUGCAAUCUCGCCUCAAAGUCUCCAGCGACUACUACGGCUAGUUCCCGAGCUAGAAGAGUUUAGCUGCAGGAUGGUAAACACGAGAAGAGUGACAGACCGAAUGAUGAAUGUGCGCGGAGCGGGCUUGCGCCUUAAUCUGCGGGAAAUGACGCCAAAGCUGAAAACACUUGACCUCAGCUAUUCAGAACUGCGGGCGAUGCCGCUCGUGCCUGCCACAUGUGAAGUGAUUAGGUUGGACUACUGCGAAAAGAUGGGUCUACGUGCCUGCGAGACUUUUAGAGGAGUGCGGUAUUACACCGACGUGCUCGACAGCGAAGGCGACGGUUAUUUUCUCGCAAACAUGCCGGACGAGUAUUUAAAUCUAUGCAAGGUCAGCCUGGUCCACAGCGCUGUCGAGACCGAGAAGUUGUUUGACGGUUUAGUGCGGUGCGAUACCGAGCGCCUGACGCACUUGAACCUGCAUGGCUGCGACCAGAUCGAUUUCUCACAAAGCUUGCCUGCCAAAUCUGAUUUCUGCAAGAACUACAAGCGGUAUGGGUUUUUCGACGAUCCGUCGCGUUCCCCGCUUGCUCAGCUUGUGGUUCAUAUAUUCCCUAAUCUCGAGGAACUGUAUGUAGGGGGUAUAAGUUCAGUGGACGACGCUACUUUGGACGCGUUCACGAUGCUUGAGAACCUGCGUUUGCUUGAGAUUACAGACACGAAUACUACACUCCGAGGAAUUACGCAUGUGCUCUUGAAAGAGAAUACACCAACAACUACCGGCGAUUUGCAAAAGUCGCUAGCGCUCCGGCAGUUUGAUAAAUUCAGGACUCGGCUGGCUAGUAUGCCUAUCGAGCUGUUUCCGCUUUCACGGGUGAUUAUUUCAGAAGCUGUGGUUGCGGAUUGGUUUAUAGAUGCGUUUGUGGAGGUCGGGGUUGUGAUUGAGGUUGCAAGCAAUCUUUUUGAGGGGUAUCAUAGCUCGAAGUAG